ACUAGUAUUCAGUGUGAUUUCCUAAGUUCUGUUAGAAAUGACUUGAUACUACAUUUGGAAGGGAAAAUGCCCUCAUUAGUUUUUCCUUCUGCCAUCUUUGAGUCUUUUUUCUUUCCUUUCCUUACAUAAUAAAUAUGUUCCUGGAAAGUUUCAUAUGUACCAGGUCAUAUUAAAUAUUUUCAAAGCAUCAAUGAUCAUUAUUUUAAGACCUGGUAGUGAAUGCUUUCAUAAAAUGAACUUACACUUUGUAGUGUAUAAAUAUAUGAUGAAUUAAACAGUGUAUUUAUUAACAAGGUAAAUGGAGUAAUGAGUUUUUUCUUUGAAGAUUAUUUUAAAAGCAUUCUUAUAGGUGCGCUUUAGGCUAAAUUUAGGUUAUAGAUGAGCUUCAGGCUAAAGGAACAACAAAGGUAGGUGGGAGAAGUUAGGGGAGUUGGUGAGACUGAUGGAGAAAGCUGUAAAAAAAGGUCAAUGUUGUUCUUUACUGUAACAGUUACUGUGCAGCAGUAGCUAUUGGUUCCACAAGAAGACCUAAGAGUUUCACAAAAACAUGAAGAUGAGUGUUUACUAACACAGGACAGGUCUCUUCCUGUGCUCUGCACUAGAUUAGAAAUUGGUCUUUAUAUAGUUUCCACGUUCUGCGGACUCAUAGCUUAUGUUGUAAGAAAUGGUAAUAAGGUGGAACAUGUGAAGAUUUGAGGGCACGGGAAAUAAGAAACUUUAAGCUUAAAGAAACUUAAAGCAAAAAAAAAAAAAAAGAAAGAAACUUAGAGCUUAUUCACCGCUCUUUCUAGCUCUGGCUUUUCUUUCACUGAAAGAGUAUGGCAUUUAUUCCAGAGGGAGUAAGCCUACUCUGCCCCAGCCAACAGAGACACAGGGCCCCAACAAGUAUACCUGUGGGGAGGGGAAGGAUUUGAUUGUCACAUCAGAGAACGUGGGAGAGCUUUUCCCCUCUUGGCCCCGUUUCUAAACUAGGAUGCUUCUGUUUGCUUUGUGUGCUGUUGAGUUUUUCCCUCUGUUUUCUCUAAGCUAAGCUUUAAGCUAAUUCUGUACAAAAGAAAUACUAAUUAGUUGUUUUUAUAAAUUGCUUGCCAUUAAUGCCUGAUAAAAUGCAGUAAAAUAAGGAUUCUGCAUACCAUUAUAUAUGUCAAAUAUUACAAGCUUUAAGGUUCUUUUGAAAUUACAAUACUAAACUCAGUUCACUUUUGCUUAGCCUUCACAGUUGUUGAUCACAUAGCAUGGUCAUCCACUCACAGCUUAAAAAAAUACAGGGAGCAUCGGAGAGAAUGGGAGAUACUACUCGUCAACGAAUCAAAUUCAGUGAUGACAGAGUAUGCAAGAGUCACCUUCUCAACUGUUGCCCCCAUGAUGUCCUGUCUGGAACUAGAAUGGAUCUUGGAGAAUGUCUGAAAGUCCAUGACCUGGCUUUAAGAGCAGAUUAUGAAAUCGCAUCCAAAGAACAAGAUUUUUUCUUUGAACUUGAUGCUAUGGAUCAUCUGCAGUCAUUCAUUGCAGAUUGUGAUCGAAGAACAGAAGUGGCUAAGAAAAGAUUAGCAGAAACUCAAGAAGAAAUUAGUGCUGAAGUUGCAGCGAAGGCAGAACGUGUUCAUGAGUUAAAUGAAGAAAUUGGUAAAUUGUUGGCCAAGGUGGAGCAGCUAGGAGCUGAAGGAAAUGUGGAGGAAUCCCAGAAAGUAAUGGAUGAAGUGGAAAAAGCACGGGCAAAGAAAAGAGAAGCAGAGGAAGUUUAUCGGAAUUCUAUGCCAGCUUCCAGUUUCCAGCAGCAGAAACUUCGAGUCUGUGAAGUUUGCUCUGCCUAUUUAGGUCUUCAUGAUAAUGACAGACGACUGGCUGAUCAUUUUGGGGGUAAACUGCACCUGGGAUUUAUUGAAAUAAGAGAGAAGCUUGAAGAAUUAAAGAGAGUUGUAGCUGAGAAGCAGGAGAAAAGAAACCAGGAGCGCCUGAAGAGAAGAGAAGAAAGGGAGAGAGAAGAAAGGGAGAAGCUGAGGAGGUCUCGAUCACAUAGCAAGAAUCCUAAAAGAUCCAGGUCCAGGGAGCAUCGCAGACAUCGCUCUCGCUCCAUGUCACGAGAACGGAAAAGGAGAACUCGAUCCAAAUCCCGGGAGAAACGCCAUCGCCACAGGUCCCGCUCCAGCAGCCGUAGUCGCAGCCGCAGCCACCAGAGAAGUGGGCACAGUUCUAGAGACAGGAGCAGAGAGCGAUCGAGGAGGAGAUCCUCAAAAGAAAGAUUCAGAGACCAAGACUUAGCAUCACGUGACAGAGACAGGAAUUCAAGAGACAGAUCACCUCGUGACAGAGAUCGAAAAGAUAAGAAGCGGUCCUAUGAGAGCGCUAAUGGCAGAUCAGAAGACAGGAGGAGCUCUGAAGAGCGCGAAGCAGGGGAGAUAUAAUUAGCUGUGUACAUAUCCUCAAUCCUUAAGCUUCUUCUGGAGUUACAUACUGUUGUUUAGUUUACAGCUGUUUGGGGUGACGCAGUGAGCAGUUCCAGACACCGAUCAGCUAGGCUAGGUGUACAGCAUCUAACUCAGUCUGUACUUGUUUUCUUUGAUGAAGCCUAAAACUACAUCCAUAGUUUCUGGUGAACCUGUAAUACACUUCUGAAAGUCCAGUUUUAUAUAAUAAGACACAGAUGUCUUUAUUCUUUCUAGUAGGACUGAUAGUGAAUAAAUUGUGUUACUUGCCUUGGGAUUUUUUGAACAUUUGUAAAAUGCUGUCUUCCUCUCUAGUCCCAAACAACAGCGACUUUGGGAAUUUCUUUUUAAUCCUUCUUCCUUUGACUCUAUACCCCUGACACUUCUACCCUCUAGUGGUAAGAGAAGGGGGUACAAGGAAGCAAUAUAACUUCUGUUCUAAGGUUCUAUUCCCAUUAUUAAUUACUAGCUGAUUACAGUUCAGAACAUUUAUACUGGAAUGUGUGCUGGAGAAAUUUAAAAUACGAGGAGUUUUGUUUGUCUAACGGUGCCUAUUUUAGAGUUGGAAGUUGAACAGCUGUUGCAUUACAUACUUUGCUUUUUUAUUGAAAUUUUGAAAUCAAACAUGUCUUGAUUUUUCUGUUCUUCUUGAAUAGCUACAUUCAGGAUGUUUUGAGAUGGGGGGUGGGGGCAGGGACUUUCAUAAGCACUUGUUUUAUUUUGUGUGUGUGGAGUACAAAGAUGACACCCUUAUUGUGAAAAAUAAUAAAGUGAAAGAAUCACCACCACCAUCAUUAAACUGUAACUUGUCUAGUAAAUUGUCACUAGAGCUAUUUGCUGUGGCCAUUUCUAUUCUGUUAUUAUAGUGCCUUACUGUGCAAGGCACCAAAGGAAAUAAAUAUAUACUUACAAAGAUUCAAGAUGAAUUGUUGCUCCACCUGGGCCCUUGCUGACUAUAUUCGAGCUGCUUCAGGACUGUAACAGCCACUGUAGAGAAGGACCAGACCUGCAGAAGAAAUUGGGUUUGUUUGUUUUGUUUUUCUUCACAUUGAGCAAACCGAAAUAAAAACAUGGUGUAACCAGUGUAAA